AGCAGCCCCGGGCCGCUGACCAUCCCGGCCCAACGAUGGCUUGCUUUCCCUCCCGCGCGGUGACGUCACGCUCAAGUAUAUAAGGACGCCGGGCACCGCAGACAUCACCAGUCUCUGCCGAGUCUUCCCUCACCAAUGGCUUUCAAGGUUCUCCUCCUCGCUGCCGUCGCGGCCCUGGUUGCCGCCGACCAGGCUCCUUCCUACAGCCCGCCCCGCCCCACCUACAGCCCACCACAGCCGUCCUACGGCCCCGCCGAGCCCACCGCUCCCGCCCAGUAUAACUUCAACUGGGCCGUCAAGGACGACUACUCCGGCAACGACUUCGGCCAAGAGGAGUCCCGCGACGGCUACAACACCAGGGGCUCCUACUACGUGCAGCUGCCCGACGGCCGCCUCCAGCGCGUCGACUACACCGUCAACGGCGACUCCGGCUUCGUGGCGCAGGUCACCUACGAGGGCGAGGCUCAGUACCCCCAGCAGCCCACCUACCAGCCCCAGCCCACCUACCAGCAGCCCCAGCCCACCUACAACUAAGCAAAAUGUCCCCCCCACCCCCCCACCCCACCCACACUCCUUCCCAUGUACAGUCCGACUCCGCUCUGAGGACGAACUCGGCUUAUUGAUGUGUAUGAAAUAAAUCUAUUUUUGAUACUGA